UUUUUUCUUUCUUUCCCUUUUUUUUUUUUUUUUUUUUUUUUUUUUUUUUUCUGGAGCCUCCAAAAGGCUCACUCGCCCCUUUCAUCUGCUGCCGCGGCCCAAUGGGAAGGCGGAGGCUGCCUGCAAGUGGUCUAAUCUCAAUGAGGUGUCAAUCAUGUUCCCCGGUGGGUGAAGUAAGGUCUUUUGUAACCGCCUCUGUCUUUGGGAAAGAGAGGAGAGAGGAGGAAGACUGGAGCGGAGAGGGGGACGCCGGACCGUGCUGCAGGAGAGGAACUGAGAUUUGAUCUCGCUUGUGCGUUACCAGAGAGAAGCGGAGCACAUGGAUUUCUAAACACGCUGGGAUUUUAUAUAUCUACAAAAAUAACAACAAGCGAACCUGACCCUACUGAAAACAGUCAAAUGAAUCUUAACUGCAGAUCAAUGCAGAGAGAUGGGGAAACUUCACUCGAAACAUGCUGCCGUUUGUAAACCCAGAGAAAGUCCAGAAGGUGAUAGUUUUGCGGUGAACGCCUCUCUGGCUCGCAAAGGGCUGGAGGACUGGAUGGUGAAGCAGAAAUACUCCGGGGGCAGCAGCAGCGGAGGCAGCAGCUCGGGACUCCAGCAAGGCUGCCAGCACCGGGCUGUUUGCAGGCUCUCCAGCGCCAGGAGCCUCACUGUGUUUGUCCUACAUGCCAGGGAGCAGCGGAGAAGGGAUUUAUCUGGGGAAGGCUACAGAGACACUAUUGGUGAUGAACACUUUCAUCUAGAAGUGGCUUUGCCUCCAGAAAAGACAGAUGGAGUUUGCAGUGGAGAUGAAAAGAAAGCAGAAAAAGAAAGUGACACACGCACAGGUUCCAAGAAGCAACUGAAAUUUGAAGAAUUGCAAUGUGAUGUGUCUGUAGAGGAAGAUAACAGGCAAGAAUGGACCUUCACACUGUAUGACUUUGAUAACAACGGAAGAGUCACACGCGAGGAUAUUACAAGCUUGCUUCAUACCAUCUAUGAGGUAGUUGAUGCAUCAGUAAACCAUUCUCCUAGUUCCAGCAAAACUCUGCGAGUGAAACUUACUGUGGCACCAGAUGGCAGCCAGAAGAAAAAGAGUAUCUUAUUAAAUCACACUGAUUUGCAGAGUGCCAGGCAUAGAGCUGAAAGCAAAGCUAAUGAAGAAGUGCGAAGCUCUGAGAAGAAGCAGCGGGCUUCUCUCAGAUAUCACCAGAGUGAGAACAAUCCAGGGCAAAGUGGGUGCUAUCGUCAUUGUGUUGAUGAGAACAUUGAAAGGAGAAACCACUAUUUGGAUCUUGCAGGAAUAGAAAACUACACAUCUAAGUUUGGGCCAGGAUCUCCUCCAGCAGCUCAAAAACAUGAUCCACCAAGCAGAGUUGUGAAUCAGACUAGAUCCCGUUCUCAUGAACCUGAAACCUUCCAUGCUCACCAUAGGAAAUCUCAAGUGGUGGAUACAAGCCACAUCAAUCUGGCUGAAAGUUCCUAUGCCAAGAUUGCAGAAAUCCAACAGAGGCUCCGGAACCAGGACUCAAACAAGCACUUUGUGAGGUCUCCCAAGGCCCAGGGCAAAAACGUUGCCCCUGUACAUCCUGGAAGGGCAGUCAGAAAUAAGCCUUUUCAAGGGGCGCCCAUGCCGAUGGCUUCCCCAAGUGCACGGGUGGGCCAGAAUCUUCCUUACCUCCCCUUGCAAUCUCAACAGGUUCACAAGAAGCAUAAGCAGAGGGCAAAGGAGAGUCACCAAAUGUGCAAAUCCUUCCAGUCUCCAGGGACAGUUGUGGAAAAGGAACAUGUGAGAGACCUGCCCACAGUCAUUUUAUAUGAAGGCCAAGUUGGACAAAUGAUUCAAAGACAUGAACACCACCACCACCAUGAACACCACCACCACUACCAUCACUUCUACCAGACAUAGAAGAGAUCCCACCAACAUCCUCCAAGAAUCAUCCCAUAUGAAGGAAAUGUGUUCUUGUGAUACCAGAACUAAGGCAUUACUAUGAUUAAUAUUAUUGUUACUCCAUUAAUAUUCAGCUAGCAUAUAUUUUAGAAGUUAUAUGGAACUCUUGAAAGUUACCGUAUUUAUAUGUUGUGGAACUGCAUAGCUUACUUAAACACCUUGUGAAUUUUAUUUGUGUUUUAAAAGUGGCUUGUAAAACAGCAAACAGCCAUAGCUUUCUGAGCUGUAAUUUAAUACAGGUCAUCAGCGCACUUCUUUACAAGUACUACUUCCAUUGUAGUGGGAAAGAUACUUCAAACACUAUUGCAGACAUCUGGCUUACCACUCUGCUGUAUGUCGGCUGAUCGCACACAAGCCUUUUAUCAGGGGAGCAAUGUUCGAAGGGUUGGACUCCAGAGAUACUCAGAAUAAUGGAAAAUACAAACAGCUGCUACCUCUAGUAUUAUUCAGAUUUUAUUUUCUUUUUAUUGAUUGUAAUGUGCUACAGGGGGGGGGAUUUUAAUAUACUGCAUUCAUGUAGCCUGUUUGUGUUCACAUCCUUUCAAAUUAUCGUAAUAAUUACAAGAAAAUAUUAGCUAUACUUGUCAACAGAGCUACAUUUGUACGACUUACUCUUUAUUUUCCUGGAGAUUCUUCACUGACACAAGUACAGUCUGUUAUAUACUGGGUAAUAUUUAAAUAUACUUCUUUUAGUUUUGUUUUUUCUCUUGCUUACUCUCCCUUCUGUUUGGGGUAACCAUUUGAAAAGAGGAGGAUGUGAAAUGGGGUUUUCAAAAGCAUUACUAGACUUUAGUGCUUGGGCCAUAAGUAUCAUUCGUGGGGGUUUGAGAAGGAGAGGGGUUGUUUGGAUUUUUUGUUUUGUUUAAAUCCACAGUUCUUUGUUUUGAGAAAGAAUUGAGGAAAAUAUACUUUCUCACUUUAAAUGUUGGUAAAUAUAUAUAAAAUAUAAAUAUAAAUAUAUAUAUAUAAAUAUGCACAUUCUCAGGUACAUUUUGUUGUGUUUUAGAAAUCUGUGGUUUGAAUAUUAACAUUAUAAUUUUUUUUCCACAAUGAUGACUUGUUAGAAACAUAUGCCAUGCCAUUUUCUUAGAUGCCUCCAAUUUAAAUUUCCCCAGCAUCUACCAAUUUGUGUUUCUCCCAUGUUAGAGACAAUUCAAUGUGUAAAAAAAUAUAUUUCACAAUCAUUCUGGCCUAUUCUACUUUUUCUGUAUCAAAGGGCUUCCAUUCUAUGAAGAAGAAUGAGACCAUACUCACAAGACCUUACUGACUGCUGAGAAAACUGAAGGUCAAAAGCAAAUUGGAAAAGUGAAAAAAAGGGUCAGUACAUUAUAGUUUUACUUUCUGUGGGGCCCAGAUUUAUAAUACAUUCACUUGGGUUUUGUACAGAUCACCAUUUUGCAGGUAGGAAGUGACUGAAAAACACCAACGUUGCUUUUGGAACAUUAGAGAACUUCUCACAUGAACACAUAAUUGUUCUAUAAACAUAUUUGCUUUUGGUUUUAAUUAUUUUAAAUGUUGUGGUAUUUUGUCUAUAGUAUAUAUUGUAAAAUAUAACUAUCCCACAUUGUUAUAAGCCCUUUAUGAUUAGGGUACUUUUUUUCUGACUAGAGUUUUGAUCAGUCCAAACUGGGGUAUUACCUUACUGCUGACCAGUUCUAGAGGGAGUUGUCCUUUCUAAGAAUGUGGAGGCAUCAACUUUGAAAGAAAAGUGGAAAGCCUUGCCUUCUUGUGGAAUUGGAAUAAAAUCACUGCUUCAUGGUAAUUAGGUCCAUCUCUUGUCUUCCUGGAGCAGGUAGUUGUUUAGACCUUCUUAAAAAAUCUGGUUUAUUUUAUUUUAUUUUAUUUUAUUUUAUUUUAUUUUAUUUUAUUUUAUUUUUAGCUGUCAACAGUGUGUUCUGUUAAAUCUAACAAAAUGUUUUAAAAAUGUGUUUGAUCUGUGUGACAACUAUACUGUUCUGUUUAUUUUUAAAAUUCCUAAAGUCCAAAAAAUAUUUAUAUGCAGAAUUUUCUGUAUUGAAAAUAUGAAAAGGCCACAAAUUUGGUUAGUUACCACUGAAUUGUUCUAGUCUAAGCUUUUUUUGCUGCUUGUGUAUCAUUCUUUUUCAAUGUAUAUAUAAUUAUGGACUGCAAAAAAAAAAAAGGCAUUUAUAUGUCUAGUAGAAGGAAUAAGCUUAUUUAUAUUAUAGUGUGUUAACACAGUCUGAUGUAUUCAAGUGACUUAUGUUAUACCGCAUGCAAACACACAAGUGUACAUUCCGUCUAAGAAGGGAUGCCAUGCUAUUUGUUUUGAAUAUGUAACUAAAGCUGUUCUCUUUUCAGUAGAGCAUCUGCCAGAAAGACUGGGAGGUGGGAAUUGUUUCUUAGUCAAUUUUUUUAAUGCUGAUUUUUGCUGAAAACCAGAAAAUGUUUUGGAAAACUAGAGUGCUUUCAGAACUGUGGGUUUUUCUAAGAAGGGCCAGCAAAGGGGCAUAAAUGCUCUUUCACCCAAAGAUACUUUGCUGGAAAAGAUAACAGCACCAAGAACAAAACCCCAUCUGACUGAAAAGUGUGCAGUACCUGCUGUGCCAAGUCAACUCUGAAAUGUAACACAACCGGCUGUUGGUUACAACCUUGUAUUGAUUUGCUUUGGUUUAUUAUAUUUGGAGAUUUGAAAGACAAAUUCUACCUUGUGCAGAUUCUGUGAAAUGCAAAUACAUUUUAAUAACGUGGCAUCCCCAUACUAAAACUUUACACCAGCCAUGUAUGAACCUACAGUAUCUAAAUACUGUGUUGCAGUUGUUACAUGCAUUAAGUGUGAAUAACAUGUAGCACAGUUUCUUUUCACAGAACCUUAAAUUUCUGUAUCUUUUAAAAAUGUUUGCUUUUCAGUAUUUUGUAUAGUAAAUAUAGAUGGUUUUGACUAAAUACUUUAUUUAUUUAACAGCAAAAACUGUGCCAAGAGAACCCCCUGUUAAUUAAAGUUUUACUAGUUCA